UCAUCUGUCACUGUCAGUCGUGUUAAUGUUUUAAUUUAACAUAACCACAGAUAUUUACCCUAUUCGUUCCUAUUCCUUUUAAAAAUAAUAAACUAAAAUGUCCUUAUACGAUGAUUAUGACGUGAAAUCUUCAGCUGCUGAUAAAGUACAAGGCUGGUCGUCUAGCAUAAAACUGCUCCAAUCUCAGCUACAAUUGAAGAAAGCUACUGUAGCACCUCCGAAACGGGAUCAACUCAGAAAAGCGGCCAGUUUGGCUCCUGUGAUAGAUCUAAAAUCUAAACGAGACGAAGACUACUUACCCUUUGCUAAGACAAAAAACGAUUCGAGACUUCCUAUUAUAAGUUCAGCUUAUAGCACUGAACACGAUUGGAAUGUUAUAGAUGAAUAUGAUCCUCUUUGGCCAAAUGAGUAUGAAAAGGUGGUGAAAGGGUUGAGAGAACAUCAUAGAGAUCGUGAUAGAGAAACGCGAGAUAUUCGUGAACCUCGUGAUAGGGAUAGAAAUGAUAAGGAGGAAAAGAGAAGGGAGAAAAAGAGAAAAAGCAGGUUUAGUGAUCCUGAGGAAAGUAUGUCUCCACCUUCUGUUCCACAGAUGAGUCAGCCUCCUGUAGCGAGUGGAUUUGCAGGUAGGUGGGCAGCAGAAGAUGAUGAAGAACCAGUCCAAAAAACAGUCCGUCCUUCUGGAGGAGCAGCUAUUGCCCCUCCUCCAAGUCUUCAAGAACCAUCUGAAUCUAUUCCAAUAUUGCCAAACAAACCACAACCUGCCAAUUCAUAUGGUGGAUCAGUAGCAGCUAAAAUUAUGGCUAGAUAUGGAUUCAAAGAAGGUCAAGGUUUGGGUAGACUGGAACAAGGCAUGUCCAGUGCUUUACAAGUAGAGAAAACUUCAAAAAGAGGUGGUAGGAUUAUACAUGAAAAGGAAAUUAUGCCACCACCCACUUUGGAUUUAUUGAAUUCUUCACUGCCAACUAUUACAGAAAUUAUGAAAAAUCCCAGCAAGGUCGUGCUCCUGAAAAAUAUGGUGGGACCAGGUGAAGUAGAUGAUGACUUAGAACCUGAAGUAAAAGAUGAAUGCAACACUAAGUACGGCCCUGUGGCUAGUGUAAUUAUUCAUGAAAUCCCACAUGAAGAUUCAGAAGAGGCUGUGAGAAUAUUCGUCGAAUUUUUGAGAAUAGAGAGCGCAAUAAAGGCCGUCGUCGAUUUGAACGGAAGAUUUUUUGGCGGUAGACAAGUCAAAGCGUCGUUUUAUGAUACUGAAAAGUUUGAUAAUUUGCAGUUGAUGGAUUAAUUUAUUAAUAUAUAUUAGAUAAAAAUGUUUUUAUUCUUUUCCUUCUUGAUGUGCUUUAAAUUGAUUGAAUUAUUUCAUUUUUCCUGUUGAAAAUAUGUUUUAAAUUUGGGAAAAUAGAACAAGUUUUUAACUUUGUAUACAUUUUUAUUUAUGGAAAUAAAAUGAAACAAAAUUAGUUUUAUUUCAACAAAAAUAAUAUAAUGGUAACAAUUUCAUAAAAUUCGGGCCAUAUAAGCUGAAAAAUUACUGAAAAAAAUUAUACCAAAUAGUGAAAUUUGUAAAAAAUAUAUAAAUAUUUAAAAGUAGGUACGUUUUUGAGUUAUUUAAAUGGUUUUCUCAUUCUAGGUAUUCACAACGAAAACAGUCAAAAAUAUUUGUUCUAGGUGGAAUUAACACUUUAAUAAGUAAAAAAAUUGAACCUUAAAAACAAACAAUCUAAGCAUUAUUUUUCUUUGUUUAGUGCUUGUAUAAAUUCUUCUAGUUUUUCUUGGAUUUGUCGUACUCUCU